AUGUCUGAACAGUUUUUGGGUUGUACAGUCUCGGUGAAGUGUAUCGAUGAUCUUGCUUACCAAGGUAAAAUUAUUGAUCUAAAUAAGAAUAGUCUGACUCUGGCGAAAGCAUUUUGUAAUGGCAUACCUCAUACUUCUGUUGUUAAUUUGAGUGUAAAGGAUAUACAGAAUCUUGAAAUUAUAUCAACGGAAGAAGCAGGAAAUGUUAAUGAUACACAUAGUAAGGUAAUUGUGAAGAGACCAAUUGCAAAAAGGGCUGGACGGUCUUUUUCAGAGUGCAUUCCAAAUGUAACAGUGCAAGCAGGAAGUUCUCAAUCACAUACAAAUUUCAAAAAACCUGCAGAGCCUAACCAGCAACAAGUGGAGCAAACUUCUAAUGGGAAAAUACCUUCAACUGAAAAUAAUGCAUCUAAUAAUAAAUCAGUCUCAAAAAAAUUAACUCAUCGACAAAGAGCAUUGGAAAGAGAUGAGCAUACCUUUGGUACUCCAAUUGAUCGAGAAUUAGAGCAAGACUUCGAUUUUGAAAAGAACUUAGCAUUGUUUAACAAAGAGGCUGUGUGGCAAGAAAUAAAUUCUUUGAAGCCGGACAUUAUUAGACAGUCAGAAAACAAUCGGGGUACUACUGCUAUUUACCGACCCGACGAGAAUAUUCUUGUAUCGGAGCCUACAGUACUUAGACAGAUUAUGGUACCUUGCCGUGGUGAAAAAGAAUAUGUUACAGAUAAUGGUUUAGUAAUUCCUAGCAUCCCUCUCAGUUUACAUCGGCAAUUAAUAGGUGCAGCAGAUAGAUUGGGAAUCAGUUGGGAACGCAGGGUGGAAUUGCUCGGUCGCGCCGGUGCUGAACUUACCUUACAGUUAUUGGGUGGAAGUCAUCGGUUGAAUCCGAAUAAUGCGCAUCAAUGGCCCACCGUGGUCGUGCUGUGUGGACCGCAUCGUUCCGGCGCUGCAGGAAUCAACUGUGCUCGACAACUGGCCGCUCACGGUGUUACAACGAUCGUAUUCGUGGAGAAUGCAGAGGACGUAUUUCUUCUACAAGAGUUGUCACUAUACAGGUUAACAGAGAAUAAGGUAGAAACCAAAGUCAAGAAUCUGCCAUCAUUGGUGGAUCUGAUACUUGUAGCCCUCUGCGAUGAAGAUUCGCCCAGAUUGAUCACUCCGAUAGCGAGGUGGGCAAACAGUAAUCGGGCGCCAGUGUUAUCUAUCGAACCACCGGCGACGGGUACACCAGGCAUACUCAGUAAAUUCAGCCUGUUAGGUGCCCUACCGCUAUCACACAGCAUCGACAACGGCAGAUUAUAUUUGUGCAACCUCGCAUUGCCAAACAAAGUGUACUCUGACGUUGGCAUUAAGUUUAGAUCGCCAUUUGGACCUAAAUUUGUAAUUCCUCUACAUUCCAAUAACUCUUAGCAAAUUUUUAAGGAUCACAUUGUGUCUUUUUGAAUAGUUGCCUUCGUUUUAUCAUACGCGAUUUGUAAACCUCGUGUACAGGGAAAUAUAUUUUACUUCCGGGGCUCAUUGAGUAAAAAGAGUUUAUGUAUAGUUUGGCGUUUGAUAUAAACUUUUAGAUAAAUUUUUAGAGAGAGAGAGAGAGAGAGAGAGAAAGAGAGAAGAGAGAGACAGAGACAGAGACAACACAUGGUGUAUCAUAAUACUUUUCACAUUAAGGCUCCUGAGUACUCGACCAAGAACUCCGUGCUGAUGGUAGCGACACCGAAUUAGUUGGCGGCCUGACAAAACUAAUAAUUACACACACACACACACACACACACACAUAAGUACGAGUUCAUGUACUCAUUUUUGGACUGAAGGCGAGCACACAGCAUGGGCUCAUGCUUGUAUGUGUGUAUAACGUCUCGCCACUGUAAAAGGCUGAAUUAAUAGGCGUGAAACAAUGACGUUUUGACAAAAUUUUUGUUGCGUGCCAUUUCGUUAAUAUUUACUUAUUUGUGAAAAUGUGACCUGCCUCGUACUCGUAAAGUCCCAAAAAUAGGCAGAAACUACAGUUAUUUUAAAAUUUUAUACGUAAAAGCGUAUGUUCACUCGUUUCAUUCAACUCGCUGUUAAACUGUGUGUUUUUUGCCCGAGUAUAGGCUCACUUUACGUGCUCUUUACGACCAUUUACUGACUAUUAAAAUAGAAAAGGACAGUUUCCGUCCAUUUUUACAAGUGUUUUUAAGCGAUCUUGUCAUUUACAUUUAUCCAAAUUGUCUUUAUUUACAAAUAGCACGCAACAAAAAUUAAUGUGCAUUUCUCGCCUACGACGUCACAAUUUCAACAUUGCCACAACCACUCAGGAGCCUUAAGCCUUAAACACAAUAGGCAAUAGGAACAGAGAAUAAGAGCUGUCCAAUCAGAGCUCAAAAUUCUGCAUCCAAGCUGUCUUCGUCUUCAAAAGUGCUAGUAUCCUCCAUCGAAUUCAAAUCGUUAAAUUUCCUUUUUUGGCAGUAUUCGUGAUUAAAUAUCAUAUUUCCUUUGAACUAAACUUUUGCCAAAACUAUAUUCGCGAAUAAAAAUGUAUAAAUCUCAAAACAGUAGAUAAACAACAGGCAACGAAAAUCCAAC